AUGGAUGAGGAUAAGUUUGCUUUGGUUGAGAAAAUAUUGAAGGACCUCGAUAAUGUUAUGUCGAAAAACGCUGAGUUGUGUGCUUUCGACAUAGUCCCCGUGGAGUGUAACUUCCAAAAUAAGUCGCCUGUCCUACAUUUAGAGAAUUGUUUAGGAUUGGAGUCAUGGUGUGUAAAGCAUGUUUAUAUGUAUUGCUAUUCUGAACUUAUGGAUAAAUAUUUCACGAAGCCAAAGCGUAAAAUCGCCAAACCCUCGUCAAUGAAUUCUGAGAGGUUGUCUCGAUUACUAAAUGUUACUAUUUUAAUUAAUCCUGAUAUUACAUCACUGUGGAAUAAAAGGAGAGAAAUGGUCAUGAAGUCAUUAUUGGAGAAGUCAAGGGAGUUACAGUUCACGAAGUUAGUGUUGUCAAGAAAGCCCAAAUGUAAUGAUGCCUUUGGGUAUAGAAGAUGGAUAAUAGAAGCAAUACUUAAAGAUGAUGCUGUUCAGAGCAACUACAUAGAAAAUAUAAUUAAUGAUGACUUACAAAUCUGUGAGAUAGCUUCUGAUAAGAGUCCAAACAACUAUCACAGCUGGAACCAUCGAAUGUGGAUUCUAAAAACUCUCAAGAAUAUAAGAAAACAGUUUGAUUUAAAUUUCAUACACAUUAAAGAAUAUGGCUUUUCUGAGCGGUGGUCAUCAAAGCAUGUGUCAGAUUUCAGUUGCUUUCAUUAUCGCCAGUUCUGUAUACAAAAUAUCUUUACAAUUAAAGAUGACAGUUGGAGAUCUUUUGAGAAUACUGUUGAUGUAAAUCUCAGGAAAACCUUUAUCGGAGUUCUCGCUAAAAAUUUCUCUAAUGAUGUCAUGGGACAACCUUCAGAGGAGAAACUGCUGACCUAUAGUGAUGAUAAUAUUAUUAAUUUAAUACUUGGUUAUUCUGCAAAAAAUUGUAACUGCCCGCAAAAUAAUACACAUGAAUUUAGGAAAUUAGUAAUUUUGUUCCAUGAAUUAGUUUUAAAUAACGAAUUACUAAGGUUUUACAAGUUUCAUGAGACUUUGUGGUAUCACAGACGUUUUAUAGUUCAUGAGGUUAUAGCUAUUAUCUAUGAUCACUUUGAUUUGAUCAGACAGAAUGGUGCUCUGGUAAAGAAUGUAUGUAGGAAAUGUAACAGAGAAGAAGUGAGACAGAAGCAAGUUAAAAUUGUAAGGUAUGAUAGUAAUAGAAUAUAUUCCAGUCUACUGUUCAAUGUUUUACUCACUCAUGAGAAAAAAUUUGUUGAAGAGAGGAGAAGUGAUUCAGACAAUUAUGCUGAUAGACACGAGAAGUAUUUGAAGUUUGUGGAAGGUCUCAAUACUAUGAUGUAA